GCGCGGAGGCGGCGCUGGGAGGCGGCGCGGAGCCGGCGAGCGCGGGGCCGAGCCGCGGGGCAGAGGCUGGGAGGCGGCAGCAUGCAGCCAGAGGAGGGCACAGGCUGGCUGCUGGAGCUGCUGUCCGAGGUGCAGCUGCAACAGUACUUCCUGCGGCUCCGAGAUGACCUCAAUGUCACCCGCCUGUCCCACUUUGAGUACGUCAAGAAUGAGGACCUGGAGAAGAUUGGCAUGGGCCGGCCUGGCCAGCGGCGGCUGUGGGAGGCUGUGAAGAGGAGGAAGGCCUUGUGCAAACGCAAGUCGUGGAUGAGUAAGGUGUUCAGUGGAAAGCGACUGGAGGCUGAGUUCCCCCCUCAUCACUCUCAGAGCACCUUCCGGAAGACCUCGCCCGCCCCUGGGGGCCCAGCAGGGGAGGGGCCCCUGCAGAGCCUCACCUGCCUCAUUGGGGACAAGGACCUGCGCCUCCUGGAGAAGCUGGGCGAUGGCUCCUUUGGCGUGGUGCGCAGGGGCGAGUGGGACGCGCCCUCAGGGAAGACGGUGAGUGUGGCCGUGAAGUGCCUGAAGCCUGACGUCCUGAGCCAGCCAGAAGCCAUGGACGACUUCAUCCGGGAGGUCAACGCCAUGCACUCGCUCGACCACCGAAACCUCAUCCGCCUCUACGGGGUGGUGCUCACGCCGCCCAUGAAGAUGGUGACAGAGCUGGCACCUCUGGGAUCGUUGUUGGACCGGCUACGUAAGCACCAGGGCCACUUCCUCCUGGGGACUCUGAGUCGCUACGCUGUGCAGGUGGCUGAGGGCAUGGGCUACCUGGAGUCCAAGCGCUUUAUUCACCGUGACCUGGCUGCCCGCAAUCUGCUGUUGGCUACCCGCGACCUGGUCAAGAUCGGGGACUUCGGGCUGAUGCGAGCACUACCUCAGAAUGACGACCAUUACGUCAUGCAGGAGCAUCGCAAGGUGCCCUUCGCCUGGUGUGCCCCCGAGAGCCUCAAGACACGCACCUUCUCCCAUGCCAGCGACACCUGGAUGUUUGGGGUGACACUGUGGGAAAUGUUCACCUAUGGCCAGGAGCCCUGGAUCGGCCUCAAUGGCAGUCAGAUCCUGCAUAAGAUCGACAAGGAGGGGGAGCGGCUGCCCCGGCCUGAGGACUGCCCCCAGGACAUCUACAACGUCAUGGUCCAGUGCUGGGCUCACAAGCCAGAGGACAGACCCACAUUUGUGGCCCUGCGGGACUUCCUGCUGGAGGCCCAGCCUACGGACAUGCGGGCCCUUCAGGACUUUGAGGAGCCAGACAAACUGCACAUCCAGAUGAAUGACGUCAUCACCGUCAUCGAGGGAAGGGCCGAGAACUACUGGUGGCGUGGCCAGAACACGCGGACGCUGUGUGUGGGACCCUUCCCUCGCAACGUGGUGACCUCCGUGGCCGGCCUGUCAGCCCAGGACAUCAGCCAGCCCCUGCAGAACAGCUUCAUCCAUACGGGGCAUGGCGACAGUGACCCUCGCCACUGCUGGGGCUUCCCAGACAGGAUUGACGAACUGUAUCUGGGAAACCCCAUGGACCCCCCGGACCUGCUGAGCGUGGAACUGAGCACCUCCCGGCCCCCCCAGCAUCUAGGAGGGGUGAAAAAACCAACCUAUGACCCUGUGAGCGAGGACCAGGACCCCCUGUCCAGCGACUUCAAGAGGCUGGGCCUGCGGAAGCCAGGCCUGCCCCGAGGGCUGUGGCUGGCGAAGCCCUCAGCGCGGGUGCCGGGCACCAAGGCCGGCCGAGGCAGUGGGGCCGAGGUCACGCUCAUCGACUUUGGUGAGGAGCCCGUGGUCCCCGCCCUGCGGCCCUGUGCGCCCUCCCUGGCGCAGCUGGCCAUGGACGCCUGCUCCCUGCUGGACGAGACCCCGCCUCAGAGCCCCACGCGGGCACUGCCCCGGCCCCUGCACCCCACGCCUGUGGUGGACUGGGAUGCCCGCCCGCUGCCCCCUCCACCCGCCUAUGACGAUGUGGCCCAGGAUGAGGAUGACUUUGAGGUCUGCUCCAUCAACAGCACCCUGGUGGGCAUGGGGGUCCCUGCUGGGCCCAGCCAGGGCGAGACCAACUACGCCUUUGUGCCUGAGCAGGGGCGGCUGCCCCCUCCCCUGGAGGACAACCUGUUCCUCCCGCCCCAGGGUGGGGGCAAGCCACCCAGCUCUGCACAGACCGCAGAGAUCUUCCAGGCGCUACAGCAGGAGUGCAUGAGGCAACUGCAGGUUCCAGCCGGCUCCCCGACCCCCUCUCCCAGCCCAGGGGGUGACGACAAGCCCCAGGUGCCCCCCCGGGUACCCAUCCCCCCUCGGCCCACGCGCCCACACGUCCAGCUGUCUCCAGCCCCCUCGGGCGAGGAGGAGACUGGUCGGUGGCCUGGACCUGCCUCCCCUCCCCGGGUGCCUCCGCGGGAGCCCCUGUCCCCUCAAGGCUCGAGGACACCCAGCCCCCUGGUACCACCUGGUAGCUCCCCACUGCCACCCCGACUCUCAGGCUCACCUGGGAAGACCAUGCCCACCACCCAGAGCUUUGCCUCAGACCCCAAGUACGCCGCCCCCCAGGUGAUCCAGGCGCCUGGCCCGCGGGCCGGUCCCUGCAUCCUGCCCAUCGUCCGGGAUGGCAAGAAGGUCAGCAGCACCCACUAUUAUUUGCUGCCUGAGCGGCCGUCCUACCUGGAGCGCUACCAGCGCUUCCUGCAUGAGGCCCAGAGCCCCGAGGAGCCGGCCCCCCUGCCUGUGCCCCUGCUGCUGCCCCCACCCAGUACCCCAGCCCCUGCCGCCCCCACGGCCACCGUGCGGCCGAUGCCCCAGGCUGCCUCGGACCCCAAGGCCAACUUCUCCACCAACAACAGCAACCCAGGGGCCCGACCACCAGCCCCGAGGGCCACUGCUCGGCUGCCACAGAGAGGCUGCCCUGGGGAUGGGCCAGAGGCGGGCCGGCCAGCAGACAAGAUCCAGAUGGCCAUGGUGCAUGGGGUGACCACAGAGGAGUGCCAGGCGGCCCUGCAGAGCCACGGCUGGAGCGUGCAGAGGGCUGCCCAGUAUCUGAAGGUGGAGCAGCUCUUCGGGCUGGGCCUGCGGCCCAGAGGGGAGUGCCACAAAGUGCUGGAGAUGUUCGACUGGAACCUGGAGCAGGCCGGCUGCCACCUUCUGGGCUCCUGGGGCCCUGCCCACCACAAGUGA